UCCUUGCCUGUGACCAAUCGGAGCCCAGCAAGGAAGAAGCAGAGUCUGUGCCCCGCCUUCGUCUCCUCCACCCCUCCCGCUCCCUGCCUGCUUGCCCGCCCGCCCGUGUGGGGCGGAGCGGUUCCUUUCAGGCAAGCGCUGGCUGGGCAGUGAUGGCGGACGGUGGGGAUGGGAAGCUAAGAACUGAGCAAGGCGGAGGAGGCGGCGGCGGCGGCAGCUCCGAGGAAACGGCCGCCGCCAGCACGGCCGGGAGCUGGCUCGAGGGAGGCGACAUGUUGUUGAACGUGACGCUGUUGGCGCUCGCGGUGCUAGUGGCCUAUCAGCUCUACAGGCGCUGGAGGAAACGGAGCGGAGCGGGGGGCGCGGCGCCGCAGAGCCAGGCCGCUCCCCUGCCCCGCAUGAAGCGGCGGGACUUCACGCGGGAGCAGCUGCGCGAGUACGACGGCGCGCGCACGCCGCGGAUCCUGCUGGCCGUCAACGGCAAAGUCUUCGACGUGACCAAAGGCAGCAAGUUCUACGGGCCCGAUGGCCCUUAUGGAAUAUUUGCUGGCAGAGAUGCCUCAAGAGGACUAGCAACUUUCUGUCUAGAUAAAGAUGCACUCAGAGAUGAAUAUGAUGACCUAUCGGACUUAAAUGCUGUACAAAUGGAAAGUGUUAGAGAAUGGGAAAUGCAAUUUCAAGAAAAAUAUGACUAUGUUGGUAGACUCCUUAAACCAGGAGAGGAACCAUCAGAAUAUACAGAUGAGGAAGAUACCAAGGAUCACACUAAACAGGAUUGAACUUUGUAAAUCACCAAAGUCAGGGGCCUUCAGAACUGCAAUCUUAUUCUUCAUCACAGAAUGUCCCGUGUCUUCGGAUAUAGUUCAUUUGCUGCGUGAAACUCAACCAGUUUUGUACAAGAUCAUCAUCUUCUCUCAAUGAAGAUUUGAUUACUAGGCAUUCUUUGUGCUGCCAAACACAUUUUUGUUGUUGCAGUUUAAUAACUAGUGUCGGGAAAGGCUUCAUUAAUGAAGAGGGGCCAGGGAUUUAAUGCAAAGAAAGCUAUUCCUUUUAGCAUGUUGAAGCCUUUGAACAGUUCGUUAUUUACAAGCUUAAACGUUUCAUAUGUCAUUUUACUCCUUUGGCGCUAAAUGGAAAGCCGACUUGUUUUAAGGAAUCCCAGUAAAUCUGGCUACUGAAAUAUAAUAAAACGGGAAUAUUCAAACUAGUUUGUAGGCCAUUGGUUUCCAUGGCAGAAAACUACUUCAAAUCUCUGCAGAUUACAGGGUUUCAAAUAAUUCUCCUGAAGAAUAGAGGAAAAUAAUUUCUCUGCAGAAGCUAUCAUUUGAAACCUGCCUUCUAUGCUUCCCCUUCCCCUCAAUCAAAUCGGAAUAAUUGUGCCUUAUUUCACUUAGAGACUUGAAUUAUUUUAAGGGAAAGCCCCAAAGGUGACAUGAGUCACUAAAAGCAGCAUUGAGGACUGAGGUUAGAAUGCUCGGUUGACUGGAAAACAUUGAUGUCAUUCUGUAUAUAAACUGUAAAGGAAUACUCAGUGUUACUGCCAUAUAUAUAAAUAUAUAUAUAUAUGUUAAUAUACAUGAAUAAUUAGUAUUGUAAUGGCCAAAUGCAUUCCCUGUUGCUUUUUAAACAAGCCCACCUCUUUCUUCCCUUUCCUCCCAGGGAGCUCUCUAAAUGAGUAGCCUAGCCUCAUAGCAAAGUCAGGGGUGUGCAUGGGUGUAGGUGUGUCUGUGGGUGUUUGAGUAAGAAUUGGGAGGGAUGGUUCCUGCAGAUACUGUAAAUAUGAAUACAAUUUUAAUAAAGCAUGUAAAAUACCAAAUGUGCUGUCAGACUUUAUGUAGAAGCUGUUAUGCUAGUAUUGGUGGCCAGGUCUCUUGUGUAUAUGGAGAAAAAGGAAGAAAUCUUGGAUAUAUUAAAUAUUUUUGCACUGCUAUUAAAGCUUUACCCAGCUCACUUUUAUUUAGUCACAUUUAAUUCUCAAUAGAAAUGUGACUUAUUCAGGUAAGGUUUGGAUGAAUAUGUAAGACUAGCUAUGUAUGAGAAGGAAGGCAAAAGGGGUAGACAUGUACUAGUGGUGCACAUCUAUAUGCUGAAAUACUUUGGUUUGCACUGAAGGUUGUCAUUUCUUUCCCCCCGCCCAGCCUAUUAACUGCAAAUCACCUUCAGUUAAUAUGACAAGUAAAAAUAGUCUAGCUUUUUGAAAGCUAUCUUGUCAUAUAGAAGCUAGAAAGCCAAUAAAACACUGUUAAACUAUUGGCAAUCUAGCACUAACAAGGAAAAACAUGCAAGAAGACAUGAGAAAACAAACACACCUAAGCUAUUUGUGAUCUUCAAGCAUCCCAUUGUAGUAUUUUUAAAGGAAUAGCAUCAUCUUCUUAUCCAAAAUGACCAAACAGUUCUGGCUCAUGCUCAGGUUGGCUCAUGGGUGGAGAUUGUUCACUAUGGUGUCUAUAGAAAAGUUUUCUAUACCUACUGCCUCACUUUUGAUGUGAACAUACAUGUUCUUUAUAGUAGUCUAAAAAUGUCGAAGCCCCCAUUCAUGAGCCACAGUUACGACUCUUCCACUCCAAAAAAAUUAUUCCGUAAUUGAAAUUAUGCAGUGUUUUGAGAAACAACCUGUGUUCUGACUUUUUUAAAAAUAAAGUGUUCUGUAGAUACAUA